AUGAGCGCUACGUUUUCCUACGCGCAAGCCGCCAAGGGCGUCUCUGGGAGCGCAGUGCCCAGCAAAACCGCAUCUACAGAACCGGAAAAGUCUGAAAUCAAGACUGAGGAGCCCACCACCGAGAGUGUUCCCGUCCCAACUGAGUCUGUUACCACCGCCUCUGAGAUCGAGACGCCGCAGGAGCCCGAGACUGCCACGACAAGUGUGGACGACGAUGCUGAGUUCACCACCGUCACCAGCAAGCACGCUCACCGAUCCAAGGCCAACAACUCCCGGACUUCGUCCCCGAGCGUUCGCUCAAAUGCCGCACAAUCGAAGGAGGGUGAUGCCUCUAAUACCGCCAACGGAACCACUGACGCUUCCGCUGAGAAGCAGGAUGCCAAGACUGAAAAGUCCGAGAAUGGCACCGAGAACACCAAGGAGAAGUCGGACAAGUCCGAGAAAGCUGAGAAGGAGAAGGCUACUCCCCCCAAGGAGCUGAAGGCUGCUCCUCUCCCCUCCGUGAACAUCUGGCAGCAAAGGAAAGAGGCCCAGGAAGCCAAGGCCAAGACUACCCCGGCACCUGCUGCUGGCAAGGGCAAACCCGAGGAGACCCAACAGGAUUCUAGCAAGACCGGCUCAAAGAAGAAGGGCACCGAUGGUGCAUCGGAAGGCACCAAGGGCAAGAAGUCCGAUGGCAAGGGCCGUGACGAGGCUCUGCCUCCCGUUGCGGAUGCUUCUUCAUGGCCGACUCCCCAGGUUGCGCUAGGCGAGGAGAAGAAGAAGGCCCAGGAGAAGACCGACAAGCCCGAGCGAACCGACAAGAGCCCCGUCGCUCGAUCCCACGGCAAGGAGAAGUGGAUGCCCGUCAACUACGUUCCUACUGCUGUUUUCAACACCCCUCUCCCUACGCCAUCCGGCCGGGGUGGCCGCCGUGCCGCCCGUGGUGGACGUGACGGUGGACGAGGUGGUGCUCACGGUACCGGCGCCGCCGCCGGUGAGAAGGCUGCCUCUGGACAGGCUGCCCAGGGUUCGGCAGCUAAGCAGGCCGCCGGAGAGCGUGGACGCAACGAGACUGGCAACGGUCGCGCAGCUUCUCUUCCCGCACAGUCCCGACGCUCCACCAGCGCGGACGUUGCCAACCAGGAUGCUCGUAAGGGCCAAGCCGCGGAACGUGGCCGUGGUAGCCGUGGUGCCGAGGAUGCCGCUACGAAUGGCAAGCAAGUCAACGGCGGCGAGCAUUUCCCCCGCCCCCAGCGUGAUGGCAAGCAGUUCCCCCGGAAUCAGGAUGCCCGUACUGGUGACCGUAACUCGAAGAACGCUCACCUUGCUGUCGACUCUCAGGCUACUGCUCGUGCCAAUGAGCGCCGUGCCGAGUCGGGUUCCAAGUCUGCCGACGUGAACCGUGAUGCUACUGGUUUCCAGGACUUCAACCGCGAGCGUGGUGACGCCCGUGCGGAGCGUGGAGGUCGUAAUGCCAACCGCGGCCGUGGUCCCUACUCCAACUUUGGCCAGAACCCUCAGUUCGGCAUGGCCAACAACUUCGUGCCCGGCAAGUUCGGUUUCAACGAUCGCCAGCGAUCUCAACACGGUGUCCAGAACGGCCAGCAACAGAACAACCGCAUGCCCUUGCGGUCACCGUCAUUGCCCGCUGCUGGUGGCAUGUACAACAAUGUCUACCCCUUCCCUGCCGAGAUCAACACUAUGUACCCCUCCUACCCGAAUGUGGCUCCUGGCCCUAUGAGCGCAGUCCCCUACCAGCAGUACAUGGAGCCCUUCGGCCUCAUGACUAUGCUGUCUAUGCAACUCGAGUACUACUUCUCGGUUGACAACAUGUGCAAGGACAUGUUCCUGCGCCGUCACAUGGACUCUCAGGGCUUUGUCCCUCUGGCUGUCAUCGCCAGCUUCAAGCGCGUCAAGUCCUUGACUGAGGACUUUGAGAUGCUCCGUCACGUUUCCCGUGGCCUUCGCAACGUCGACUACCAGAUUGGUGAGGAUGGUGUGGACCGUCUCCGCCCUAAGCAGGGCUGGGCACAGUGGGUUCUUCCCGUUGACCAGCGCGAUCCCUCGGCUCAGCAUGAGGGUGCUCCUCCCGCUCAGCACUCCUCGAAGAACGACGAGAACAUUCCUAUCAACAGCCACGUCGAGGGUGCUUCUAAUGGCUCGAUUCAGAACGGACCCCGUCAGUUUGUCCCCAACGGCACAGCAUCUCGCGGAUCCCCGACGCCGCUUUCGUCCACAGCACCAGAGUUCCAGCCGGCACAGAAUGAAAUUGCCAAUGUAGGACCCCCCCCGAAACAUCCCACUGUUUCCACAGCCAGCUCCCAGAUGGAAGGCUUUUUUAUGCCCCCCUUGGACAACCCAGUCAUUGACAAUCAACCUUCAGCGUGCGGACUAAGUUCGCCCUCGAUCAAAUCGCCUCCCGCUCGGUCUGAAAUGGAAUGGCCUUCCUCAAGCUUUGACGUCGAUCAGAAACAAGGCUCUUCAUCCAGUUCUGUUACCGGAUCAACGAAGAAGCCUUCCAAGAGGAAGAACCGCCCAUCGAACCCGAGGGGAGCGAGCUCCCAUGACCCUAAAAGUUUCACCUCUACCUACCACUCCUCCGAAAACCCUCAUUUCUACAAUCCUUCGGGACAGCACUCAGCAACCGAUCCCGGGGCUGAGGCCGGCCCUCCCUAUCGUACCUGGUCAUCGCACCUCAUCCGCAAUUUCAAUAUGCAACUGUACAAUGAAUUUAGGCAACUAGCCCUUGAUGAUCUUUUCACACGACACAACGACUAUGGAAUCACCGCUCUGAUGGGCCUCUUCCAAGCCUCGCUCCUCAGUCCCACCCCCAUCCCAGAACAGGUACUUGCCGACAUUGUCCACUUGUCCGACGACAGAAGAACGAACCUCAGCACUAGGGUUUUUGAACUCCUCUGCUCGUCUAUGGCAAGUGGUGUGAUGGAAGAUACGAACCAUCACACCGUUGGCUUUUACUACAACGAGGUUUAUGGCAGGAGACAACGGGCGUGGAGGAACUACCUUGCCUGA